AUGACAUCGCCCAAGCCCGAACCCAUGCCCCAAGGCUCACCGGUCCCCCCAACCGGUCCCCCACCAGAGCUUAGCCGUCUGAGACUCCCUGGAAACUAUGUCUCCGCAAAACACCCGCAGGCCUUCCACCCCCCUGAAGAGCUCGUCAUCAUCGAAAGCGAAUUCAACAACUACAAAUCCGCCGGUCGCGUCAGCGACACCCCCGUCUACCGCGUUGUCGAAAAAGACGGCGAGUAUGCAAGCUACGCGAUUUACUACUUGCUUGAGAAUGUGCAGACGAAGGAGGUGCCGGAGCAGUGGCGUGAGAAGGAUGAGCUGAGGCUUUUUCCAGGCCAAAUGAUCACUGACAUGUGGUGGGACCUUGACGAGAAGGGUCGGGUGGUGGCGAAGUGGAUGGAAGACUGGGACGCAGAGAAGCUGGCUCGUGGUGAUGAUGGCGAGACCUUCGGGGACGAAGAGACACUGCGUCGAGAUAAUGAUGAGAACGAGAGGCAGGCGGAUUACUUCUCUAUCUCAUCUCGGCCCGCUUGGCUGGCUGAGGGCCCUGGGAUUUUACCGGCGUACAUGGUUUUGUAUGUCAAGGCCGAGCGAGUCAAAGGAUCCUCGUAA